GACAGGGACGGGAAGAGAUCUUGAACUCUUGUAAAGUGCAACAGAUAUGUCUAACUCCGACAGUUACCUUAAACAACACAGCCACACAUAAUCAUAAAUCAGUUUAACGGGUGCUGUCUCUGUGCAAAAUACACCUUUAUGGAGGCAGUAAAACCCUGGGUGUUACCUGUGUGUCAUUUUAUUCACCCCACAGAGAGAUAAUGGGGUCAGACACUACACGACAUUGAGUGAGUGCUCAGUGCAGCAGGGGGUGUGCUGUGCCACGGCCCGACAUCCGUCUGCGGUGAUACUCGGGCGCGCCUGAGCAGACGAGGACUGGGCGCUGGAAGCCACACCCGACGAGAAACUGCUUGUGUCAAUCUGCUCGUGUCGCUUAUCUGCCGCCGCAGGUAAACUGUGCAAGAUUUUUGUAUCCCUAGUGUCACCGUGUGGUUCACACCGUCCCAGCUUCAUACCUGUAGAGCUGUGGGGAGGUCUGCUACUUCAAUGGCACCUGCGGCUGUUGCAGACGACAUUUUGUCAGCGCCGUCACGUUGUGGGCGGGGAUAACAGGAAUACUGAGAGUAAACAGGAACGAGGACCUAGGUGUGGACUGCACUUGUAACCUUGUAUCCAGUCAUCGAUAUUUCUUCUAGCGAUCCCCUGGUGAGACCUGACCAUCUGCAAAUGUGACGAAUGAUUGUAUCGAUCACCUGUACGAUCGACUUGCCAGUCCAUAGUUUCUACAAAGCGAAGCCUGUGAAUGGUAUCGUUGGCGAAGUAAUCAUUAUUACACACUGUACUUCAGUAAUUCAAACUAUUUUUGUAUCUGAGGUUUACAUACUUGUGAAUCGCCAGCCUUACUGUAUAUGUUAUUGAACUGGAUAAAUCCUACCCAAUGAUACAGCUUAAGUGAAGGCAAAACUCAUUAUAGCUGUAUUUCCCCGUGAUUUGCUGAAGUUGAUUGUUUUGAUUCAGCCGAAGCUGUCGUCUGCUCCUGUUUGCCUCCUGUCGGCUGUCGGAAACCGCUCCGCCAAGCGUGAGUGGUGUCACCAAGCUCUGGACCUGUCCUUAAAGCUCAAGCAAACACCACUUCGAGUCUGACAUGAAGCCCACAGCCACGCAAAGAAUACCCGACAAAGGGGUUAAAAUAAAAACCAACACUUCAGCAUCUUCUUCAUCGCCUGGCUAUUCCACAACUAUAACCAUUGUCUCUGACAGAUUAAAAUCAUUGUCGGUGACCUCUCCAUCCGAAUUUUCGACUGUCACUGACCACUCCAACAUGCAGCGUAAGUCUUACAAUGCGGACACUGGAGUGUCUUUGAUGUCCUCGCCAUCUCCGAAUGCAGCGAGCUAUUAUGGCACCAAUCAAGAAAUUGCUGCGGGUCUCAACGGACAUGGAAAACUAGGCAUAAAAGACAACAGCCUGGAGGAAUUUAUUGCCUCUCUACCAACGCUCCCACCUGAAGAUUAUUCUGGUUCAAAUAACAGAGUUCCGUUGCCUCGCAGCAGCAUUUCGUUGCUCGAUUCCCAUGAUUCCGAGCCGUACCCGAUGCUUUGUGAUUCAUCAGUUAGAUACAGCUCGCCACCCUCAGCGCAGACCUCGCAGACAGGGUCAUGAAGCAAAGUACAGUUCGCGCACCUUCUGCAGUGCCAGUGACAACAGAAGCGUGUCGAGGGGAGCAGGCCUGGACUCAAGUACCUGGAACUCACAGUCUUACCUGUACACGUGACGACAUCGCAGACGACAGGCCGUCCUCAUGCAGGAAAACGCUCGUCGCACCAUCUCUAUGGCCAGCAUCUCGGAAGACGAAUCGCUUCUGGCGAUGACGGCUUCAAACAACAUGCCGGAGAUGUUCCACAUCCACAUUAAAGACACAUGCAAUGUCGGCAGUGGGGACAGUACAUUCGUGGGGCUGCGGGACAUUCGUGACACGAGGAAUCUGGAGGAGCAGCAGAUCGUCAGCGCCAAGGGCACAGUUCGAGGCUUUCGGAACAGAGUACGAGCCGGCAUCACAACAUACGUCGCUUCCGGAACAUUCAAGAAUCACCAUUUGUCGGAGAAGGGAAGCAUCAUCGUCUACACAACCAGUAUGACAGUCGUGCGGGAGACGCACGAUCGCUGUCGGACGGCCCGCAACAUUCUUCUGACCCACAUGGUGAGAUUUGAAGAGAGAGACCUGUACAUGAGUCGCCAGCAUCAACGAGAAGUCAGACAGCGGCUGGACACAGACACAGUAGAACUACCACAGAUCUUUGUUGAUGGUUUUCACAUCGGGGGAGCUCAGGAGCUGGAGAGGUUGAACGAGAGCGAGGAACUGAGAAAGAUUUUUCACAGCUUUCCGAAGAUCCAAGCGUGCACAAACUGUGACAGUUGUGGCGGCUACCGCUUUGUGCCCUGCGGCGUCUGUCACGGCAGCAAGAAGUCCGUCCACCGCAACCACUUCACCGAGGAGUUCUGUGCACUUCGCUGCAUGCACUGCAAUGAGAGCGGCCUGCAACGAUGUGACCGAUGUCACGAACAACGGUGAAUGAUGUCACAAGAAGCGGAGAAUGUCCAACAAAGUCGUGUGACAUGAACCGCCACCAGUGACCCAUCAGGACUGGGAUGUGGUGUUACACAUGAUCAAAACCUGAUUCCAAUGUCUAUAAGUGAUAGUCCUGUAUAUUUAUGAAGCAUGUUCACUCAGCAUGAUAUAAGCAAAUCGUUUUACCAACCUCUAAUAUUUUAUCGGAGAUGUCUCCUUCCGAUACCUUUUUCUUACCUUUGCUAAGUAUGGCAGUGAUCGGGUUAACGCAAUAAAAGCUAGCACUGAUUAUUUUCUACACGUAACAAAUAAACUACAGAAUGUUCAUUAUAUACCAUUUUCAUUGCAUUCAUAAUCUGAUAAUAGCAGAAACCAUAAGAAAAAACCAAAACUGAACUUUGUACUUGACAUCAUGUAUCCUUCGACUUCUCUCCGCUGGUCAUUUGUCUCCGAAUCAAAAUAUUUUUGUCAAACAAUGCGGUGUAUACUUGCUUGGGUAACAUCUUUUGGUCGGAAUAAAUAAAUUCUACUUUUCCUAGCUUCUUGCUUGCUUUUUUGAUGUUUCUCAUUUUAACUAUUUCCCGCCUCACGUGCUGACCACAAUAGGACAUGCACUAUAGUAUGUACUCCUUUUCGAGAAUUCUCGCUUUCAUUCGGUUGCUAUGAAAUCAGCUCAAAAGUAGGCGAGUUUAAGUUAAGGCUACAUUCAGAGGGGCAAAAUCGUGCUUAGAUGCAACAGUCCGUCUUAUUUUAAGAAGUCAAUUUAGCAAAAAGAAUGUAUAGCUUGAUUUUCGAAGACGUCAACAAUUAUUUAGGAAAAGAUUGUUGACUUUCAUGAAAACUUGCAGGAUCAGUGCUAAAUUAUCUUACAUGGCAACGAGAAAGGAAUAUAAAACCUUUUUUUCAGAAACUACAAAAUAUACUAGCACUUAUGUACUUUGAAAGGCAGUAUGUCUCAUCCAAAAUUAUUUGGGGGGGGGGGCGCAAGUUUAGGUCUCUUCAGAGAAGAACUUGCAACUAACUUUUAUAUUGCAUGAAACCUAACACACCUAUUAAAUAAAACAGAUAUUUAGUUCCUUUACGGUUUCAGUGGAGUCAAGUGUUACACGGAUGAUGGUUCAGAAUUAAUUAGCCUAUUACUGUGGCAAAAGUAAUUCUGAUGGUCCAGUCACUGAAAGCAGAGGGGCCAGACAGGCUGAUUGUGAAACUUUUUAAGCAUUCUUCCACCAUCGUUUCUCCUUUUUUCAAUUAUCUAUUUGAAUAUGGAAAAUAUCCUGCACACAUGGAUUGAAGCCAUUGUUCAUCCCGAGAGUAGUGGUGCAUAUUUCUUUUAAAUAUUUGCAGUAACCUUAGUAUAGUUAUGUUUACCCGUUAUGUCUUUUCCCAUGCUCCAUGCUGUUAAGCUGUUUUGUUUUGUAAAUAUCCUUAGGGUGCUGUGGUCUCUUAAUGGUCACAGCUCACCUUUGUUUUUCCAACUUUUGGAUUUGAAAGUGCAAGCCAUGUUAUCUUAUGGUUCUGACAUUUGAGUGUGGAUAAGAGUAUUCUUGAAAAAGUUCAUUUGUUUGCUAAACAUAAGUCUAAAAAUUUAAUUAAUAAUACUUUGGUCUAUAAUGAAUGAAGCCAUGUCUUGUACAUCUACUUAUACUUAUGUUAUAUCUAUUGGAUACUGGCUCAAGAUGCUACAGAUGUCACAUAAACGCUUACCAAGAAAAACCUAUGAAGCACUACUCUAACUCAACUUACACUGUGAUAACACAUGACUACCUUGUACGAGUAUGGUUACAUUAAAAAAAAAGAAUCAAGAUUUUAUGAUGAUUUUAUUAAUAACAAAAGUUAAUUUAGUACUAUCAAUGUACAUUAUAAUUGCAGUGAAGUUGGGCAUUAGGAUAUCUUUUUACAGUAACCGUGUUUUUAAAACUAAUAAUUGAUUUCCCCUCUCAUCCCUCUUUCCCAGCAUCAGUUAUGGACACAAGCCUACCAAAAUAAAGAAAUUGUCAUUGCCCAGUU